AUGAAGAUAAUAUUUUGCACAAUAAUGAUUGCAAAUACCACAAUGACUGAAAUUAAUAAAGGUUAAGAGGUUUAAAGACAAUUAUAAGGAUCAUUGUGCAAAAAUUAUGAAGACACUAAUAUGAAAAAAUGCAAUAAAUGUAUUGAUGGGUACACACUGAUGGUUUUCAAUGAAACAUCAACAAUAUGCGGUUUGAAAUAUACAGAUUCAUAGACUAAAACAGAUCUUUGCUCAAUAGAUUAGACUGCUUAUCCUUGGGAAUAUGCUUUUUAACAAACUUUAAGUGCUGUAUUCAAAUAUUAUGAGAGAUUUACUUAGUAAACACCAUAUUGCUUUAGUUGUAAAUUAUACUUCUACAAGAAUGAUCAAUAAAUAUGCAAUGUUUGUGAAUAAGAGACAAUUAGUGAAGAUUUUAGUGUCUGGUCAGUAAAUGAGAGAAGCUAGGGAUGCUUAGAUUGUAUAAUCAGUGGCUAAGAUAAUGAAAUUUUAAGUUAUAGAAACGAAGUUGAUCUUCAGAUCAGAUAAUGCGCUGCUCCUGGAUAGCAAUCUCAAAGUUGUACUUACACUCAGUUCUAUGAUACAAAAAGCAAAUAAUGCAAGGAAUGUAGUUCAUAGUUCCUUAACUGUGCAGCUUGUUCUCAAGACUAAUGCACUAUAUGUUAGCAGCAUUUCUAUUGGAAUCCUCCAGAAUAUGAAGAAGGAUCAGGGUCCUUAAAAAUACCAGGAAUGUGCUUGUUUAAUUCUUGUCCUUUAGGAUAUUGUAGACAGUCAAUUACUGAGCCCUAAACAUGCACACUUUGUGAAGCAGGAUACCUCCCUAAAGUUCCAACUACCACAGGCAGCAAAAAUACUUGCUAAGUUCUCAAUGGAACUACGAAAAUUAAUUAUUUUGUUAAGAAUGGUGCUCCAUUGUUAAAAUCUGAACUUGCUUACGAUUCAGCUGUAAAUAAGGGUUUGACGAUAGGAGGACCUUUUUAUUUUGUUUAAGAAGCCAUUAAUGCUGUUUAUUAAAAAUAGCAAGCAGAGUAUCUAGAGUCAAUAGAUGCUAUAAUUUUUGUAUCAUUAGGAACCCAUUAUUUUUUCUAAUGUGAUGGAGAUGAAGUAACAACUACAUUUUACAAUAACAAAUUCUACGAUUUAGUUAAUUACUGCUCCAUUAUAAACCUUGAGAAAGCUUUACAGAUGAAUGAUAAAGUAAAUAUUACUAUAAGGCCACUAUAUUGUAAUUAAGGACCCUCAGUUGGAUAUUCAAGCACUAAUACUGACUUUCUUAAGUUUUGUAUGAAAAUAAGUACUGAUCCAAAGCCUGUGGUCAUAGUAAACUCUGCAAAAGAUUAUUUUAAUAUAACAGGCAAUUUUAGAAUUGAAAAUUUGAUGUUUUCUGGCAUCAAUGCAUUCACAAGACCAACAAAUGCUACUCAUGAUUACAGUAUAUUCCCUUUGUAACUAUGUGAUCUUUAUGGAGAUAUCAAAGUAGGAGAUUUUCCUCUAACUUUUCAAAAAAGCAAUUAAUUUAAUUAUGUGACUUAAUUGUCUUACUCAUGCAAAGAUGAUUGGUACUCAAAAUCAACUAUUCCACAAAACUUAACAGAAAAUAGAAGAUGCAAGGAGAAUAGCAAUCAAUAAUUUGCUCCAUUUACCCAAAGUACAUUAGCUUGUGAUGGAGAUAUUGGAUCUUCUCAUUUCUUUGAGAUUGUGACUGGUAAAAAUGUAUAUAGUAGGAGGAGUGCCACAUUAUUUAAUAUUUAUGCUUUCCCAGAUCACCUUUCUACGUUAAAUUAACCACCUUCUUUAACCAUAGUUAGCUGUGAUUUUUCUUAUUUUUUGGGAGGAUAUACAUCACUGAUAAAUGUAGAGCACAAUAAUCUAAGAAGAAUUACCAAGCAAAAUCCUGCAACUCUAUUUAAUAUGACUGUCUUGCUAAAUAUGGAUUUCUUUGUUUACAAUGGAGCAAACAGAGGAUUCAAACUUUUGAUUCAAUAGUCAACUUUUCAGCACUCGAGGUUCUGUUUAGGAUUAAUUCUCUUCAGAAGGCAAAUAUAUAUCCCAUAAAUGACAAGCUUUCUGAAUACAACUUAUAUAUUUAGAAGUAAAGAUAACACUAAAAAUGAUAUUGGAUCCUAGUUAUUAAUAGUUGAUUCUGAAUUUACAAAUUUGAAUUACCUUACUAAUACAUCUGCUCUUGCUCUUUAUCAAGGAACUACUCCAUAAUUAUCAUACAAGGGAGAAAAUAGUUUAGAGACUUUAACAUAUGAAGCAACAAUACACAAAGGAAUAGUGUUAAAUAUUGAAGGAUUUGAUGGAAAAAUUGAGAUUGCUGGAUCAAAGUUCAGACUAAAUACUCAUUUUAUCCCUGAGCUAAUUAUGCCACCAUUAAGAAAAAACUAUAUCAAGAAUUCAGAUCACUUUAUAGAUUAGUUUUUAACAAAUGAAUUGAAAUUUGCAAUUUGCAACUAAGAUUCCUUGACAGAUGAAUUCUUUUUAGCUCAUGGUAUUAGUAUGUCUGAUGAUAUUGAUAAAUACUUUGAUUAGUUUGAAAGACUUGGAUUAAUCUACAUCUCAAGAAAUAAAGAAUACACUAUUAUUCGAUAAAAUUUAUUUCAAGACAAUAUUGGAACUUUUGGAGGAGCUAUUACUAUAGAUUCUCCUGACUGGGCCUAAGGAAAUAAUCCUUAUCUGGUUAUUAGUGAUAAUAGAUUCGUCACCAACUUUGCAUACUUCUCAGGAAAUGCUAUUCAUUUCAGAGGAACUUUGAGGUAUGAUCAAUAUAAUCAAAUUUGUGGUGGAUUAUAAAUAUAAAAUUCAGAAUUUUACCAUAACAUUGGUAUGAAAGUCCAUAAUGGUGGUGCUAUUUCAGCUGUUUGUGAAUAUUUAGAUGAGGAAGAUCAUGAUGAUUAUUACCAUACAUCAACAUUUUAUUCAAACGACAUCCUGACAGAUAAUAAUAAUGCAAUAACUUCCACAAUACAAAGUCUCAGCGAUGCAUCUACAAGAUUCAGAGUACAGUCUUACCAAUUUACAAUUACUGGCUGUAACUUUACAGAAAAUUACUCUGGAAUUAAAGGAACUGCCAUAUAUCUGAAAUAUAUCAAUAAAAUAAGGAUUUAAAAUUCUACAUUCGCUUCUAGUGGCCCUGUUUAUGCAGUUUUAGAGUAGUUGUACUCUCCUUAUUCUGCUAUUUUCAAAUCAAAUAUAUCCGUGACAUUUUAAGAUUUAAAUGGAGUUUGCAAAGAUGAAUUUAGUUAUAUUAAUAAUUGCGCAGCUUUAGAUUAUCAGAUAGAUUGGCCUCAAGUACUUGGGGCUUUGUAUGUGUAUGGAUGUAUAGAAGAAUAAUGCAUGAACUCUGAUAAUAUAUAGGAACUGAAUAUAAUUAACUGUGAUUUUGUGAAUAAUGAUGCUGGGCCAUUUAUUGACUAAAACUCCCCUUAUGAUCUUACAUCUUCUAUGUAUAUUUCUAGUAAUAGGAUUAACAUCAUUCAAAAUACGACAUUUAGAGAUCAUCAAGGAAGUUAAAAUUACAGCGUUAAAACAUUAUCUAACAAACUCUUCACCUAUUUCCCAGCUACUUAUUUUAUCAUGGCACAAGCACCAGUAAUAAGAAUUAUGAUAAACCUCAAAUACUCAAAUCUUAUAAAUCAAAACUACACAACAACAUUCAGAAACUCUUCAUUCCUCAGGAAUAAACAUGUGUAGAGACUUGGUAUAAGUUUUGUAAAGCAAUAUUAUGGAUCUCUUAUUUCACUUGAUUCUUUCUACUAGUACGGAAUGUCUUAUACUCCAAUAUUGAUAUUGGAGAGAUGCCAAAUAAGAGAAAACUAUUUCAAAGGAAAUGAAUCAUCUCUUAUCUAUCUGUUUAAAGGACUUCUCAAAGUAAUUAAUACAACUGCUUAUGGAAACGGUUAUCUCUCGAAAUCAACUGAGACACCUAAGGUCACAAUUUAAGGCUACUUUCCAUAUCAACCCUACAUUUCUCAAUUGUACUAGACAUACGGAUUAUUUUACUUAAUGGGUAUGGAAUAAUUUAUAACAGGCAAUUUCCAUGAAUUCAGAAACAAUGUUUUUAGAUACAAUUUUGCUUACGAGGGAGCAAUCUACUCGAUGAAACUUGAUAACUAAUUUGGUCUUUUUCAAAAUAACUCUUAUAAAUUUAAUGUGGUUAACAAGCAAGGCGCUGUGAUCUAUGUUAGAAACUAAGAUGGCAGGACUACUUAUAAAUUUGUGAAUGAAGACAUAUCUUAUUAAUAUGGAGCAGGAUAAGGUGCAAUUAGCAUGGAACCGCAUGAUCCUGAUUUUACAAGUCUAUUAAUCUAUAAUUCAACAUUUACCAAUAAUUUAGCGAAAGAAGGGCAAUCGAUAUUUUGCGAUUCGUGUGCUUAUGUUUUAGUAAGCAACUGUACAUUCUCCUAAAAUUCCUGGCAGCCUAAUAAUACAAUGUAUUUCGAAUAAUAGUUUAUAAAGCAGACUAUGGGAAUCCUCGACUUCAUAGAUAUGAAAUAUCUAAAUACAAUUCUAGAUAAGCCUAGUAAAGAAUCUGGAGCCAUUUACAUGGAGCAAUCAGUUAAUACUAAACCAGUCUACUUCUUGGAUGAAUUGAUUAGACCAGUUAAUCACCCUUACUUAAAGUACUCUGAGAUAAUUGAUAGUUCUUUCCAUAAUUUAACUGCUCUUUAGGGUGCAGCUAUUAUGUCUGGUAAAGAGUCGUAUUUAAGAGUUUUUAAUACUAGAUCAAACUCUAAAAAUUUAAUAUUUAAUAAUACAGUUGACUAAUAUGGUGCAAUUUACAUUUUCAGAACAUAUGGAUUUAUUGGUGCUAACCUAACACUUUAAUAAAAUGUUGGUUUAACAAGAGGUUCAGCAGUUGGAGCUUCAGUUUCAAAGAUAAACUUUACCAACUGUGUUUUCAAAGAGAAUAGAGCAAUUGAAAAGGGAACUUUUUAUUUUUAUGAAGAUAAUUCCCUCACUUGCUUCUAAUGUUCAUUCCUAAAUAACUAUGCAUAAGAUUCAUCUGGAAUAUUCGCUCUGAAUAACUUAGAGGGCUUAUUUCAUAUUAAUAACUCUGAGUUUAUCAAUAAUACUCAUACUAGUAAUCUAGCUAGUUAUAUUCUUUCACAAGGAAUUAUAGCAAAUACUUUAUUUUUAAACAAUAUUGCAUAGCAAGUUAACAAUGGAAUCACUCUAAUCAGCUCUAACUUAUCUACUUACAAUAUUACUGUUAACUACACAGAUCCUAAGUUUCUCUGGGAAAAUGAAUACACAGUAGAUGCAGGGUUUUUCAAUCUAAAUUAUCAAUCAAAUCUUAGGAUCGGUUGGUACUCUGUAAUUUAAAACUGUAGAGGUGCAAUAGCAUCUGCCAUUUAUGCAACAGGCUAUAGUUCUAUUUACAUAGUUGAAGGAUCCAAGAUAAUUAAUUGCGCUUCAUUUUCUGGUAGUUCACUUUACGUUAGCAUGACUAAUGAAGUGUGGAUUUAUGCAUCAACAUUUAGCAAUAAUACUCAAAAGGAUAUUUAAAUUCAAAAUGCAGAUGCAAAUAUCUACUGGUCAAUGUUCAAUAAAGGAAGAGGAAAUUUUAUUAGAGGUUCUCAUGCUAAUAUAGUGAUAUAGUAAACAACAUUUUAGAAUGCAGAAAACAUAAAUGAGUAAGGUGCUGGAGUAUAUUGCCAUUGUGACUAUGUUGAAAUAUAAAACUGUUUGUUUAAAAACUUGAGUGCCCUUGAAGGAGGGGCUAUUUACUUGACUUCUAGUAUCGCCAAUAGCACUUUCAGCAUUAUAAAUACUACAUUUGAUUCUAACAAAGCGAUGCAUGGAGGAGCAAUAAAGAUAUAGGAUGCUUUUAAACUUAAUAUAAGCAAUAAUAACUUUACAAAUAAUCAAGCUCUCUUAUACUAAGAUUAAACUUCUCAAAGCUAAAAGCUGCUAUAGAAAGGACUCGGUGGAGCAAUUAAUUUAGAUUGCUAAAAUGAAAAGAUGAAUCUUACUAGGAACUGCAAGAUUUAUAUUUCAAAUAAAAACAUAUUCCUAAAUAAUGAAGCCUCGAAUGAUGGAGGAGCAAUAAUUUGGACAUCAAACCGCUUUAUUGACGAUAAUUCAAAUAUCUACACUAAUAAUAAAGCUCCUUAUGCAAAAGAUGUAGCCAGCUUUCCUAAAGAAUUAGUUUUUGAAUUCAUCAGUAAUAAUGACUACUACAAUCUUAUCUAAAAUUCAAAUCCAAUGUAUCAGCAAAAAUUGACGAAUAGGAUAUUGGUCAACAGAGAUCUAUAUCCAUCAAAUCAAGAUUUCAUUGAAGAUUUCGAAAUUAUAUAAGAAGAUCCAUCUAAAAAUCAUGGAAGAUUACUUUAGAGUUCACCCUUUAAAGUGCCAGGAAUAGUAUCUGGUACCCCAUUUGCUUUUGCUGCUUACAUUUUAGAUUAGGAUGGUAUUUUAUAUACUACUGAUAGUUAAAGCGUGGCAACAUUAAAGAGUAUCUCUAAAGGAGUAGUUAUGCAAAAUUUCGAGGUUAUUGCAAAUCAAGGUAUAUACAAUUUUUCUAAAGUAACAUUAAAUCUUGAACCUGGUUCACUUGCACAUUUAAAUUUAAGCAUUGAGGGCAUAGUACAAUUCUCUAAUCAAUUGCCCUUUAUAUAAAAUUAACCAUAAAUUUCAGUUCAGAGUAGACCAUGCAUUGUAGGAGAAUAAUAUACUUAAGAGAAGCGCUGUUUAAGUUGCAAAAAAGACUAUUAUUUAUAUAUAGCCCCAUCAAAUUUCACAUAAUGCUAAGUAUGUCCCCCAACCGCUCAGUGUUUUGGACUUUCAAGAGUUGCUCCUAAAAAAUUUUAUUGGAGGUCGUCAAAUAUAAGUGAAAAUAUAAUAAAAUGCCCAAAUUAAGGAGCUUGUUUAGGCGGAUCAAUAAAUGACUCAAUAGGAACUUGUGCAGAUGGAUACACUGGAAUACUAUGUGGAAAUUGUCUACCUGGCUAUAAAAAAUCACGACCCUUUUUGUGCUCUAAGUGCCCUACUAGGACAGUAAACACUGUUUAAUUAAUUGGUCUACUAGUAGUUGCAAUGAUAAUAUGCAUUCUUAUGGUAAGAUCAAAUAUAAGGACUGUUGAGAAAGAAAAGCCACUUUACUCAGUUUAUAUGAAAAUAAUCACCAAUCAUUUCUAGAUUUUAGCGGCUAUCACAGCCAUAGAUUAUGAUUGGCCUCACACAUUGAAAACAAUCUAGGAUGGAUAGUUGCAAUUUACUACCUUUACUGAUGAAAUGUUUUCAUUUGAUUGCUUCUUAUAAGAUAAUGGGCUGGUUGAUUAGAGCGACAAGCUUUUCCUACAAAAGGUGCUAUUCUAUUCUUUUUUACCAUUGAUCUUUGCUGUUACUUCUGUUGUUGUAUGGAGUGCAGUUAAAUAUCUCUAUAAGCUUGAAUCAAUCAAAGAUAGACUAAUUGGUACUAUUAUAGUUGUGAUGUUCUUAAUUCAUCCAAGUAUUGCAAGAAUAUUAUUUUCUGCAUUCAAUUGCAUCGAAGUGGAUGGUGUAAAAAGAUUAAAAGAUGAUUUGGAAAUGCAAUGCUAUGCAGGUAAACAUAUCGUAUAUAUCAUCACGAUCAUUUUACCAGCAUUGAUUAUUUGGGUAGCUGGAGUACCAUUAAUUGCUUUAAUAAUGAUGAAUAGGCAAAAGAGAGCCAUUAUGUAUCUAAACAAGCUCAAGGAGCUUACAAAAGCUGACUAUAAUUCUAUUGUUAAAGUCAAAAUCAUGUAUGGCUUUCUCUUCAAUGGUUUCAGGAUAGAAAUGUUUUACUGGGAGAUAAUAAUUAUUUAUAGGAAGAUACUAAUUGUUUUGUGCGUGGUAUUUUUCUCAAUAGUUUCUACUGAGACUUAAAUUUUAACAGUACUUUUUAUCAUAGUGAUAUCAAUGCUUUUGCAAAUUAAUUUUUACCCCUAUUAUACCAAGGUUCUUAAUAGAAUGGAGCUAUUUUCAUUACAAGUCAAUGCAAUUACAAUGUAUGGAGGGAUGUUUUAUGUAACUGGUUCUCAUUAUAACUAUAUGGAUAGUGAAAGUUUAAAGUAUUUCUUCUUGCUUUUGAUUUUGAUUCCAAAUUUAUUAUUCCUUAUUUACUGGAUGUAUCAUAUGAGAAUAGAACUAUUAAAGAUACUAUUCGUAAAAAACAAGACUAUUUACACCUAUAUGAGCUGCAAUUUGUACAAAGAUGAGGACUUUGAAAGAAUGUAUAUGAGUGCAGAGCCAGAUUUUAAUCCAUAUGAAAUGAGGGAAGAUGGAAAUGACAAGACGACCAAGUAAUACCUUAAUAACGAUGAUAUUGAUGACUUUUCUAACGUUAUUAUGAAGAAAUUCAUAGAAAAGGAAUUAAAGAAUGGAAAUGAUGAAAGAGAAAGUUUAUCUGAGUCGGAUGAAAAUGUCUUGCAUAGAAAACCUGCAAAAGAAAUAAUUCCUGGAUCUGAAGAUGAUGAUACUGGAGACUCAAAGAAAGACGGACAAGAAAAUAAACUCCCAAUUUAAGAGUAGGAAAUAAGAUUAGAAUUCCCAGCACAUAUGUUAAGAGAAAUAUAGUAGCCUAAAGAUGGAAAACUUGCUAAAAGUAAUAUCAAACAGAAAAAUUCUCCAAAUAAAAGCAAUAAAAAAUCCGCUAAAAAGCAGAAAAAGCUUUAAUAGCUGCAAUCUCCAAUGUCCAGACCCUAGACCUCAAGAAAAGUUAUGCCAGAGACUAUGGCCAACUAAUUAACAUAAAGAAAAUAAUUUAAAUUUGGAGAGGAUUAAAAUACUGUUGAUAAUGAAAGCAGUAGAGAUAAAUUCAAUCCUUAAUCAGGUGUUAGUUCAGUUGUACCUACAAAUCGCUUCACUUAGAGAAAACUGCUGAAUUCUAAUAGAAAUGAAGAUCUUUAUGAUGAUGUAAAUCAUUUGAGAUCAAAUAUGAAGUUAGAUGCAAACUCAGAAGAUGAAGCACCAUCUCAUGAUAUCAGUCACAGCAGAAAUUAAUCUAGAUUUGAUCCUUAGAAUCAGAAAAUAGAUCCUUUAAGCAGUGAUAACGAUCAGUUUAUCAAUUCAUAAAAACCUAGUGAAAAGGGAAGAAACUUAAACCGCUAAGAGCUUCAACAGAUAUUAAGAGAUACUAAUGCAAAUAAUGAUAGUAAAAACAAUAUCGAACCUUAAUAAGACCCUGAUGAUUAGCGAAGGAAAAAAUAUCAAUAAGCAUUUGAAAUGACAAUGUUUAAAGCAAAAGACUAAAAUAAUAUUUCUUCCAGAGAAAAGAAGAAAAGCAGAUUCUAAAAUAAUAUAAACUAGGAUGAAUGA